CGAAACCCGCGCCCAGCGGACCCCGAGGCGCGCAGAGACCCCGGCGCCGGCCGAGCUCCGCGGGCAGAGUUUGCAAGUGGCGGCGACUCCCCAGGUGGCUGCCCGGUGUCCCGAUGCUUGACAAAUGGAGGCCCAUCGGUUUCUGACCCCAGAGGGUGGGCCCUAGGAGCCUGGCCCCUGGCUGGGAGAUAAGGCCAGAACCCAAGGCCUCGGUGAAGUCACCCGGCUCCCACAGGCCUGAGGAGCGGAACCUCGGAACUGCCACUUUCAGAGCCACUGGGGGGAGUUGCGAGGUGAAGAACAAGAUGUAGGGAGAUGGGACCACCUCCCGCGCGUCCCCUUGCUUGGCCACAAGAAGCCCACCUUGACCUUGGGCCGCCCCUCCCUUGGCCUAACCAAGAGCUGGACUUGCCCUGGGCCUCAGGCCGGGGCUACCCCCUUUGCAGGGGGAGGAAGACGGAGGACCCCCCGGGGUCCUGUCCCUAGGGGAAGCCCGGAGAGCCACGGCCCCUGUCGCCUCCCCAGCCGCCCAGCAGCCAGUGGGUCCGGAAUGCCCGCGCCAUGGCCAAGCUCUGGGUCAAGGUGCAGCGCUCCUGCCGCAGGAAGCCCCUGCGCUUCCUCUCGCUCCUGGCCCUGUACCUGGCGGCCGGGAGCCUGGUCUUCCUGCACUCGGGCUUCGGGGGCCAGCCCGCCGCCUCCCAGGGCCAGGCCAGCCCCGCCGCGGGCGGCGUCCAGGGCCACGAGCUGCCCUUCCUGGGCGACCUGCACCUGGGCAGGGGCUUCCGCGACGGCGAAGCGUCCAGCAUCGCGCGCAGGUACGGACCCUCGUUCAAGGGCAAGGACGCCAACGAGAGAGCCAAGCUGGGAGACUACGGGGGAGCCUGGAGCCGAGCCCUCAAGGGCAGAGUCCUCCGUGAGAAGGAGGAGGAGCGAGCCAGGUACAUCGGCUGCUACCUGGACGACACCCAGAGCCGCGCCCUGAGGGGCGUGUCCUUCUUCGACUACAAAAAGAUGACCGUCUUCCGUUGCCAGGACAACUGCGCCGAACGGGGUUACCUGUAUGCCGGGCUGGAGUUCGGCGCCGAGUGCUACUGCGGCCACAAGAUCCAGGCGGCCAACGUGAGCGAGGCGGAGUGCGACAUGGAGUGCAAGGGCGAGCGGGGCAGCGUGUGCGGUGGCGCCAACCGCCUCUCGGUCUACCGGCUGCAGCUGGCGCAGGAGUCGGCCCGCAGGUAUGGGAGUGCAGUAUUCCGAGGCUGCUUCCACCGGCCUGACAACCUCUCCCUGGCCUUGCCUGUGACGGCCGCCAUGCCCAACAUGUCUGUGGACAAGUGCGUGGACCUCUGCACAGAGAAGGAGUACCCGCUGGCGGCGCUGGCCGGCACCGCGUGCCACUGCGGCUUCCCCACCACGCGCUUCCCGCUGCACGAGCGGGAGGACGAGCGCCUGUGCGCACAGAAGUGCAGCGCCGAGGAGCUGGAGAGCUGCGGCAGCCCCGGCUACUUCGUCGUCUACCAGACGCAGGUCCAAGGUGAGCCGCCUGCGAGACCCCAGGGUGGCCCGGUGCUCCUCCAACACGGCUACAGCAGGGGGCAGCCCGGAGGGGGGGCAGGGGCAGGGACAGGGGCAGGGGACACAGUCAAGGGCGAGGCUGGUGUGGUGGUGAGGAGGGUGAAGAUGCUGAUCGCCAUGAGAAUGGUGGUGAUGGUGGUGGUGGGGGCCGGCAACACGUGGGCCCGGCACCUCAUCGAGCUGGCCACCGGCUUCUACACCGGCAGCUACUACUUUGACGGGUCCCUGUACAAUAAAGGUGAGGAGACCGAGUGGGGAGGCUCUCUAGGCUCCGGAAGGUCCCCACGAGGAGCAUGGACAAUGCCCCUCUCGGAGCGCCAACCGUGUGCCGGGCACCUCGUGGAGGUUCAGAGCACCAUGGAUGCUCUCCUGGCCCCUGUGCCUGCUACAUGGUCUGGUCUAACCCUGCACGGCAAACCUGGGUUGGGACGCGGUCAAAGGCCGCUCCGCCCCGGGGUCCUGCCUGACCGCUGGCUCCUCCUCUCCGCAGAGUGGCCGGAGUUCGUGCGCAACUACGCCCCCUGGUGGGCCACCCACACGCUGGACUGGCUCAAGUUCGGCAAGAAGGUGCUGGUGGUGCACUUCGAGGACCUGAAGCAGGACCUGUUCGUGCAGCUGGGCCGCAUGGUGCGCCUGCUGGGCGUGGCGGUGCGGGAGGACCGGCUGCUGUGCGUGGAGAGCCAGAAGGACGGCAACUUCAAGCGCUCGGGGCUGCGCAAGCUCGAGUUCGACCCCUACACGGCCGACAUGCAGCGCAGCAUCUCGGCCUACAUCAAGAUGGUGGACGCGGCGCUCAAGGGCCGCAACCUCACGGGCGUCCCCGACGACUACUACCCGAGAUGAUGCGGCGCGGGAGGGCGGCGGCCUGGCCACGCCCACUCACCUGGCCUCUCCGGUUGGGACCGCCCCCGUGGCAGCCGCUGCUUGCCCUGGGCGAGCCUCCUGCAUGACAGAGGAGGCUCGAGGGAACCGACUGUCCAGGUCCCCGCGCCCUCCGCACCCGCCCCUUCCCUCUUGGAGAUGCGGGCUACCUGGCUUGGGGAGUUCUGGUCACGGGCACCAGCGUCUUGUGUCCCCCGUGUCCCAGCGCCCACCACUCCGGGUUGCACUGGUGGGCUGCAGGGUUCACCGUGGUCCUGGAGAUCAGCUGUUUGGGACCUUGCCCGGAUGGCUCACGGGGCAGAGCCUCGCUUUCUCCAGGAAGCGCUUGCUGUGACAUGGCUCAGGUCACCUCCUGUUUGGGAGAAAGACAGCCGGCCACGUCCCGGAGGCCUUAGAUGUCUGGGGUCUGGGUGGGUAGAGGAGAGCGCCGUGCUCACGGCACAGUGGGCACCCCAGGCAGGGUCACGGGCGUCCUGAGCGCACCCCAGGCAGGUCACACUGUGGCCCUCCCUCCCUGCCCAGCCCCCUGUCUAGGAGGUGAACUCCGAGUCCUGGAUCCUAUUCCCAGGUCUCCCCGGGCACCCGACGGAAGACCCAGUGAACCAAGGUGGAGGGUCUCACACCUCGAUCUUACACUGCCCUGGUGACCCCUACCAGUGGGUCCCGUGCUAUCCAGGUGAGAGCGCCAGGUUCCAGAUCAGAAGGAACCGCGCCUGGAAGAGAUGCCCCUCCUUUCCAGGCACCGGCCUCCCCUUGACCACAGCCCAGUAGGACCCGCCUCCCCGGGGGUCCUCCGAGGAAGGGGUCAGAAUGGCCCAUCAUCUCCACGCUCCGCUGCUCUCUUGACGCCGAGACACCAAACCAAAGGAUUUCUGAGGACCUGAGUCACUGAUCAUUCAUUGACCCCAGAUCCCCUCCCGCCCGCAGGUCGGAUCCUUCGGCUUUACAUCCUGUCCACAGGACCCUCCCACGACGUCCAUGCAAAAGCCAUAGGUCACUGCCUCUUCGCCAUCCUGUCCAGGGCGGCCCCCCCUGAGCCGUCCCUCUGAAGACGAAGUUCGUUCCAAACAGCAAAGGGGCCUGGGGAAGGCAAGUGAAAAGAGAUUUAUUUUUUUAAGAGGUCUAUGACGAAUACAUUCCGCCCCCUGGACCCCCGCCACGCAGAGAGGGCACAGGAGUCAGACCUGUAUCUCUGGUUCCCACGACUGUAGGACCUGGGCCACCCCAGGGCCCGGCCAGGGGGCUCUGAAUGUAUCGUGUACCGAGUGUCCUUCCCCCGGUGAAUUUCUAGUGUUCUUUCACAAAGCAGCAGCGGACUUGGCCUCCACUCCCACUGGGAGGGCAGCUGUCUCUGGGAGAUUCGGUCCAAGACCUGGACCAGCUCUUUGCCGGUGGUCACCUUGGACCACCCGCCUCUGUCUGAAGAUUCCUCAGGUCAACACUAUCAUUAAAUGAGAGUUUUGUUGAUAAUUCUA